UCCUCCGUCUCCCUCUCUUUCACACUUCAACUAAAUUGGCAGAUAAAGAGAGAACAGGGGAAGUCCGAGAUUAGACAGUACUUCAGAAGGAGCUUUUGAAGACAGGACGGCGGAUAGGAAGGCCACCAUGAGCGGCGGCAGGCUCCCGGCGCUGGUGCUGCUGCUGCUGGCGGCGGCGAUGUUGGCGGCGUCAACGUUGCCGGUGGAAGCCUCCGUCGGCUACGACCAUAAGGCGCUGAUCAUCGACGGUCGUAGGAGGAUUUUAAUCUCCGGUUCGAUACACUACCCGAGGAGCACUCCGGACAUGUGGCCAGACCUUAUACAGAAGGCAAAAGACGGCGGCUUGGAUGUGAUCCAGAGCUACGUGUUCUGGAACGGCCACGAGCCUUCUCAAGGACAGUUUUACUUUGGAGGCAAUUACGACCUCGUUCGAUUCGUCAAGCUGGUGAAAGAGGCCGGCCUCUACGUUCAUCUUCGAAUUGGUCCUUAUGCUUGCGCAGAAUGGAACUUCGGAGGAUUUCCUGUUUGGCUUAAGUAUGUUCCUGGAAUCCAGUUUAGGACAGACAAUGGGCCCUUCAAGGCGGCGAUGGAAAGUUUUACGACGAAGAUCGUCUCCAUGAUGAAGGCCGAAGGUCUGUUUCAGACACAGGGCGGCCCCAUUAUACUAUGUCAGAUUGAGAAUGAAUACGGUCCCGUAGAAUUUUAUGGAGGUGCUCCGGCUGUCCGUUACACCAACUGGGCUGCUCAAAUGGCUGUGGGUCUGAGCACAGGCAUUCCAUGGGUUAUGUGCAAACAAGACGAUGCCCCUGAUCCAGUAAUAAACACAUGUAAUGAUUUCUACUGCGAUUGGUUCUCUCCAAAUAAACCGAAUAAACCAACUAUGUGGACAGAACUCUGGACUAGCUGGUUCACUGCUUUUGGAGGCCCAGUUCCUUACAGGCCGGCUGAGGACAUAGCUUAUGCAGUUGCAAAGUUUAUCCAGAAAGGUGGAUCUUUCAUCAAUUACUAUAUGUAUCAUGGAGGAACAAAUUUCGGUCGAACUUCCGGUGGCCCUUUCAUUGCAACAAGCUAUGACUAUGAUGCCCCAAUUGAUGAAUAUGGGCUCUUGAGGCAACCUAAAUGGGGUCACCUAAGGGACCUCCACAAGGCCAUCAAACUCUGUGAGCCGGCACUUGUGUCAGCGGAUCCCACAGUCACCAAACUUGGAAACAGUCAAGAGGCUCAUGUCUUCCGAUCGAACUCCGGUGCCUGUGCUGCAUUCCUUGCUAACAAUGAUCCUAGUUCAGCUGUUAGAGUCACUUUCAAUGGAUUCCCUUAUGAUCUUCCAGCUUGGUCCAUUAGUGUCCUUCCUGAUUGCAAAACCGUGACAUUCAACACUGCAAAGGUAGCAGCUCCAACUUCGCAGAUUAAGAUGUCGUGGUUCGAAGGGUUCUCUUUUAAGUCCUAUACUGAAGAUAUCAGCUCAUUGGACAGUAGUUCCUUCACAAAAGAUGGACUAAUUGAACAGUUAAGCUUGACAUGGGACAAGUCAGAUUACCUUUGGUACACCACAUACAUCGACAUCAGCCCGAAUGAACACUUCCUGAAGACUGGCAAGUGGCCUUAUCUGACUGUGAUGUCGGCCGGUCAUGCCAUGCAAGUUUUUGUCAAUGGACAGAAGUUCGGGUUCGUGUAUGGUGAUGUAGACAAUCCAAAGAUAACUUAUUCAGGGAAUGUGAAAAUGUGGCAAGGAAGCAACAAGAUCUCCAUUUUGAGUGUAUCAGUUGGCUUACAAAAUAUUGGUAACCACUUUGAGACAUGGAAUGUGGGUGUUCUAGGGCCAGUUACCCUAGAUGGCCUUAAUGAGGGAAAGAGAGACUUGUCAUCACAGAAAUGGACUUAUCAGAUUGGUACACAUGGUGAGCAUUUGAAUCUGCACACUGCUAGUGGCAGUUCUUCAGUUAAGUGGGGAGAUGCAGCUAAGGACCAGCCUUUCACCUGGUACCAGGCCUACUUCAAUGCUCCAUCUGGAAAUGAGCCAUUGGCUUUGGACAUGAGCAGCAUGGGGAAAGGUCAGAUAUGGAUCAAUGGGCAGGGCAUUGGCCGCUACUGGCCUGCUAACAAGGCAUCAGGCAUUUGUAGGAGCUGUGAUUACCGUGGCAAUUACAAUGAGAAGAAGUGUCUGAGCAACUGUGGAGAGCCUUCUCAAAAAUGGUAUCAUGUUCCUCGAUCAUGGUUAAAUCCAACUGGGAAUUACCUUGUGGUGUUUGAAGAGUUGGGAGGGGAUCCAAGUGGCAUUUCUUUGGUGAAGAGAACAGCAAAAUGAUGAGACAUAAAAUUUGAAAAUAUUGUGCUGUCAAUGUAGUUUUGCAGUUCCCUCAAUAAACGGAAAAAAAUUAUUUUCCUUGGCCAAUUUAAAAUGAUAAGAUGUGCAUAAACUUGCA